ACCAAUAAAGGCUACAUAUCUUAAAAAUCUUGAAGAUAUGAAGAAGAUGAAGUUCCUAUCAUUCAAAGCACUAGUCAUCAUCAUAAACUGUGUUUUCUUGGCCGUCGGUCAGAUCGGCGGCGUAAUUCUGAUCAGGCUUUACUUCCUGCACGGAGGCAAACGGAAAUGGCUGUCUUCAUGUUUGCUCACCGCCGGUUUCCCGUGCCUGCUCGUCCCCAUCUUCAUUUCCUACGCCAGAAACCAGGCGAAGGCGGCGGCGAAUCGCCGCCGCGUUUUGGUGACGCCAUGGCUGUUCAUGUCGAGCGCUUUUCUGGGUCUUCUUCUCGGCGUCGACAGCUAUCUCUACACCUUCGGGAUGUCGUACCUUCCGGUGUCCAUUUCGUCGCUGCUAAGCUCGACGCAGCUGGCGUUCACGGCGGUGUUCGCGUAUUUUAUCGUGAAGCAUAAGCUGACGCAUUACUCCGUCAACGCGGUGGUUCUGAUGACGUUUGGGUCCGUCGUUCUGGGGCUGCACAUGGCCGGAGAUCGGCCGGAGGGGGAGUCGGACCGGAGCUACACGCUGGGGUUCUUCAUGACGAUCGCCGGCGCGGCGCUGCAUGGGUUCAUCAUGGCGGGAGUGGAGUAUGCGCAUGUGCAUGCUGGCGUUCCUGUCACUAAUGGUCUUCUCAUGCAAGUUCAGUUCAUAAUUUCCAUGUUUUCUGCUCUGUUUUGCACUGUCGCCAUGAUUAUCAACAAAGAUUUCCAGGCAAUCUCAAAGGAGGCCAGAGAAUUCGAUCUCGGAACGGAGAAGUAUUACAUGAUAGUGGGAUUUGCAGCCAUAGCACUGCAGCUAAUGGUUAUGGGGAGCCUUGGGGUGAUCUUCAGUUCCUCAGCUCUAUUGCUGGGGAUUUUCACUUCGCUUUUAGUUGCAGUCCAACAGGUUUUCUCUGUGAUCUUCUUGCCGGAAAGCUUCAGUGCAGAUAAGCUUUUGUCCUUAGCCAUUUGCAUCUGGGGUUUCGCCUCCUACUUCUAUGGAGAUUACAAGACUGCCCGGAAAAAGCCGCCACCGCCGCCGGUGACCGGAGAUGACGAAGAGCACCAAGAAGUUUGAUCGACUUAUCACCGGAAUCUAUGGAGUUUAGGAGCAUUCUCGAUAAGUUGUAUGUGUUAUUUUAAUUAGGAGGGAAAUGGCUCAGAAAUCCCACCUUUAAGUUGUAAUGUAUCAUUCAUUGUGUCAUUUUUUUUAGUUGAAAGGUACUUAAUCCCUCCCAAUAAGUUGUUAUUAGGGGUUAUGUAAGCUAAAUUUAAUGAAUUUUAAAUUUAAUUUGGUUAUUGUUAAACUCAA